AUGCAGAAAGAAAAAAUAAUAAUCAAAAUCUCUGAAGAAUUUAGGAAAAGAAAACCACAUCCUAGAAAUAAAUAUGAAUUGGUUGCUGCAUUGAAAGAAGAAUGGGUAAAAAUUGAUCCUGAAAUAGUAAAGAAAUUAUUUGAUAGUAUGUCUAGAAGAGCUGUUAUUGAAAUCCAACAAUAA